CUUUCGGCGAAGAUUUUCUGCCCAAGUUUAUUGAGACUGUGCCAAACAUCACGGUGACGGUGGGACGAGAUGCCCUCCUUCCCUGCACCGUCGAGCAGCUUAAGGGUUUUAAGGUCGCGUGGGUGCAGGUCGACACCCAGACGAUCCUGACCAUCCACAAGCAGGUAAUCACAAGGAACCCGAGGAUCGCCCUCCUGCACAACGACCACAGGACCUGGCACCUCGAACUCAAGAACGUCCAGGAGAGCGACCGAGGAUGGUACAUGUGCCAGGUCAACACGGAUCCUAUGGUGUACCAGCAAGGAUACGUCGAUGUUGUGGUCCCGCCUGACAUCAUCGACCGAGAGUCAUCAGGUGACCUGACCGUGCGAGAGGGCAUGGACGUGACCUUGACCUGUCGUGCCAAAGGUCAUCCUCCGCCGAACAUUGCCUGGCGACGAGAGGACAACAAGAACAUUGUCCUGGACGAAGGCUCCCGCGUGGUGGAGGGGGAGAAGCUCGUCCUCAAGAAGGUCUCGAGACUCCAGAUGGGGUCGUACCUGUGCAUCGCGUCCAAUGGCAUUCCUCCGUCGGUUAGCAAAAGGACGCACCUCAGAGUGCAGUUUCCCCCAAUGGCGUGGGUGCCACAGCAGCUGGAGGGUGCCUACAUCGGCCAGGAGCUAACCAUCGAGUGCCACACAGAAGCCUAUCCCAAAAGUAUCAAUUAUUGGACCAACACGAAGGGAGACAUGAUCGUGGCGGGUGACCGCUACGAACCGAUCGUGGCCGAAACGACCUACAAGGUGUACAUGAAGCUAAGGAUACGCCAGGUUCAGCCGCAGGACUUCGGGACCUUCAAGUGCGUCGCCAAGAACUCCCUCGGGGAGACCGACGGCGCCAUCAAGGUUUACGAAAUCGAGCCCCCGAAGUCCCGCACGAACGUCUUGACCGAAAAGGAGAUCCAGGUCAAGGGCGAGGGCGAGGGCGAUGACGUCAGAGGUGAGGCCACGCCCACCUCGAACUCCGCCCACCACCGGGAUAAAGACCGCAAGAAGUUCGACAAGUACUUACAUCCGAAGGGGAUAAACGACCUUAUCGACCACCUCGGCAAGACAUACGAUCCAUACCCAGGUACGUCCCGACGUGACCGCCAACCCUCCUAUGGAGAACAGCCCGACCUCUCCAGCACCGGUUGUGGGCCACACCACUUGGCACCUGUUCUCGUGGCACCCUCCUUGAUGGCCACGACCCUGGCACUCCUCCGGCACCUGUAACGAUGGAUCCCAUUUGUAUAAACGACCUUUGAGUUCCCUUUCAGAUUUCGCAUGUAAUGGUUUAUGUAAUAAUAACGGUGAAUUCAACCUUUGGCUAACAGGAUAUGAUUACAUAAGUGUAAGAGAUAACCCCCAUAUAUAAAGUCUAUAUAACAUGUUAUAACUGGCCUCUACUUAUAUAUAUACACAUAAAAAAGCAAUAUUUGCCUUUCACAACUGUACAUUUACCCCAAAAUCCUUUAGGCUGUAAUAACCCCGUCUUUUACUUGUAUCAUGACCAACUUUUGCCUAAACCGACUAUACUCCGUUCCACAGACCUUGGGGCAAAAUCAAAAUCGAUAAAAAGGGGCCAUAACCCGACGAAAAAUAGAUUUAUUGCGACCAAAAUUAUACCCGACCUGUAUCUUAUUACAC